AUGAGAUCUAUAAAGAUAAAAUUUAAUAAGUAAUUUUAGAAUAACCCAUUCAAUAAAAAGUAAUAUACUGUAAAUGCUCGUUAAUUAAGGCAUUUUUUUCUUAAUUUUUUUUUCUUUUUCGAUUAUGCAUUUACAGUAAAAAGUUUAUUAAAAAAAUUAAGAAAUCUAAUUAUAAUAAUAAAUUUAAAAAUAUAUCAAAUAAUAAAAUAAUAGAAAUUAAAAUCCAAAAAAUACUAAAUUAAAUAAGAUAAAAUAUAUUAUAAGUAAAUUAUUGCAAUAGCAAACAAAAGUAAUCUUAAAAUUUAAUAAUAAACUGGUAUAAAAUUUUUAAAUAAAGUAGAAAAAAUUUAACCUUCAAAAGAUUAUGCAAGGACAGAGUAAAGAAAGUAAACAGAAAAAUAAUAUUCUGAAUAAUUUAAUUAGAUACAAUUAUCUUUAAUCUAAAGGAUGAAUUAAUAAUAAAAAUAAAAUAAUUAUAUUCACAAAAUUUAUAAUGAAAUUAUUUAUUUAGUAAUAAUUUCUUUCUCCAUAUUUAUUUUGAUUUUUGUGUAAUAAAUAUUUAUUGAAAUGACCAUGUUUUUCCUUAAUUAAAUUUUUCAAUUUCUUUAAAAUAAAUUAACUUUUUUAUUUAAAAAAAGUAUUAUUUUUUAAUAUGAAAUAUUAUUUUUUUCAAAAAUCAAAUAAAUUUUAUUAAAUAAAUAAUAUUUAAAUUGA